CUCGCGCGGCCGCGCAUGCGCAAGGGCUCCCUUUCCUUUCUCCCUUGUGGUGGUGAGGUGCCAGUCGGGAAGGAGCGGCGGAGAGAUGAGAUGGCGGCCGAGGCGGAGGCGGAGACCGAGGUGGAGUGGGUGGUAGAUAGCAUCGCCGGCUUCCUCCGGAGCCCCGCCUGGUCCAGCCCCAUCCUGGAGUUCGUGGAGCAGAAGUGCGAGGUUUUUGAUGACGAAGAAGAAAGCAAGUUGUCUUACACUGAGAUUCAUCAGGAAUAUAAAGCUUUGGUCGAAAAGCUGUUAGAGAGUUACCUUAAAGAAGUUGGAAUUAAUGAAGACAAGUUCCAGGAAGCUUGCAUGUCUCCUCUUGCCAAGACUCGUACCUCACCGGCCAUUUUGCAACCAGUACUGGCUGCAGAAGACUUCAGAUUGUUUAAAGAGAUGAUGGUCCAGAAAAACAUUGAAAUGCAAUUGCAAGCCAUUAGGAUAAUCCAAGAAAGAAAUGGGGUUCUGCCUGACUGUCUGACUGAUGGAUCUGAUGUAUACACUGAAGUUGAAGAAGAAGAAAUGAAAAUACUCAGGGAGGUUCUUAGGAAGUCUAAGGAAGAAUAUGACUUAGAGCAAGAAAGGAAAAAAAGUAAAGAGCCACAAGAUAAGCUGAAAUCAUCUGAUGGUGCACACACAUCUCCAGGACACCUGAGCGAAAGUGCAAGACCUAAAGAAGCUGCUGGCCCCACUACAAAACCAUCAUCAGGUACAGAAACAAAACAUAAAGAUCCAUCAGCCCAGCCAGGGUCUACAAAAACGAAAGAAGAUCGGGGCAAGAAAGCCGUGGGGAAUAGUUCAGAAUCUAUAGCAAAGCAGGCCAGCGUUGAAGGACGUAAAUUAUCAGAACUUGGAGCACAGGAGCUCAGGGAGCGUGAAGAUUACCUGAAGCAGAAACGAGACGCACUGAUGGCUUUGAAGAAGGAGUCAAAAAAUAAUAAUGCACUACCGAAGAAUACAGAACAGAAAGAAGAGCUCUUACCUGCUCGAGAGACCAAAGAUGAUGAAAUGAAGGGAAUGUCACCAGAAGAGGAACAAAGUUUGUUAAAGAAGAGAAUCCUGGCAGCAAAACUUAAAGAAGAAGUGAUCAAUAAGCGAUAGUUCAGCAAAGAGGCUUCUAAGAAGAGUUGGCAAUACCAAUUAUAUUUACUGUAUAUUUAACCAUGAACUGAAUUCUUUGCUCACAAUCACUCCUCCAUAUUUACUUGUUUUUAUAUGUUACAGACAUGCUAAUUUGGUUUAUUUUAAAAAAUAGACUGAAAAGAAACAAUUUAGUUUUAGAAGGAUCCAGUUUUGGGUUUUUUGUUGUCAUUUCAGGUGUGGAGCCCCUGAUGGCGCAGUGGGUUAAACUGCUGACCUCUUGAGCUUGUUGACCGAAAGGUCACAGGUUUGAAUCCGGGGAGCGGCGUGAGCUUCCGCUGUUCGCCCCAGAUUCGGCCAACCUAGCAAUUCGAAAACAUUGGAGGUGUCUACGGACAACGCCAUCUCUUCAGCUUAGAAAUGGAGAUCACCAACCCCAGAGUCGGACACGACGGCACUUAAUGUCAGGGGAAAACCUUUACCUUUACCUUCAGAUGUGUAUUGAUGGACGAUACUGUGGUACUUUUGCUUGGUGUAAUACUACUCAUUUUUUUAAUGUUUGUGUCAGAAAUACUAUCAUUAUUUACAGUUCCCCAUUAAAAUGGCUCCUUUUAAAUUUAA